CAGCGCCUGGCACCUGUCCGCCGUUCUGUUUUAAAUUAGCAAUUCCCACUGCUGCAUUGGCAGCGCUGAUUUGGAUUCCUCCUUCAGGAGGGGGGAGAUAGUUGGAUCCCAUGGGUGCUAUGAGCCGAUGUCAUCGAGAAUCUUGUGUAACAUGUUCUGAAGGAAUCCUGUCCACCAUCCUCGCUUUACGUGGGGAAGAAAACAAAAGAUGUGUAACUUCCUCCAAGUCCACGGAUGUUAAAACUUAAAUGUAUUUUUUUCUACAGAAGGCAACAACUUUCUGCCCUGGAUACACCCACCAUAGAGGGGAAUUGCUGCCUUCUGUAGGAUGGUACAGAAGGGUGCAUCCAGGCACCGCACUGCUGAGUCCGUUCCUGCCCUUCGUGCUUCUCCCCCUCAGGACUGAGGACAGAAGGCGUGCUGUGCUGCUGCAACAGCUACAGGCAUAUGUGGCCUGGGUAAAUUCCCAGCUGAAGAAGAAGCCAACAAUAAAGCCAGUCCAAGACCUGAGACAAGAUCUCAGAGAUGGAGUCAUCCUUGCCUCACUUAUCGAGAUUGUAGCUGGUGAGAAGCUGAAUGGUGUUCAGGUCAACCCUACCAGCCACCAGGAGAUGAGGGAAAACGUGGAGCAAGUCUUACAGUUCGUGGCAUCAAAAAAGAUUCGUAUGCAUCAGACAUCAGCAAAAGAUAUUGUCGAUGGUAAUUUAAAAUCUAUCAUGAGGCUGAUCCUCGCCUUAGCUGCUCAUUUCAAACCAGGCUCUGGAAGAGCCGUGAAUCACAGCCCUGCUGGCAUGAUGGGGAAGAGCUCAGCAGCAUCGUUUGGCAGUCACAGGCCCCGCUCAGCUGCUGCAGUGGCCCAAGGGGCAGUGGCUGCUCUGGCAGAUGUUCGCCAAGAUGUACUGCAGUCUGGCCGGGAUGUCUUCUGGCACAGACAGAGAAACAGCAGUAUGGAUGAGGAGAUUGAAACCCCCUACUGGAGUGUUCGCGCACUGGUGCAGCAGUAUGAAGGGCAGCAUAACAUCCCCUUGGAGUCCCAGUCCUCCAGUCUCACAUCACCCAGUCCUGUCCAUAGCACAAAGAGUGAAUCCACUGUAACCCAGUCAGAGGAGAAAGCAGGAUUUGUGAUUAUCCACACUGAGGAAGCAGAAACUAAAACAGAAGAGACAGAAUCUCACUUCCAGCCUGAAUGGCAAGCAGGGAACCCAGGGUCAUGUUUGGAGAAUUCAUGGGAGGAGCAGCUAUUGGAACAACAGGAUCAUUUGGAAAAGGAAAUGGAGGAAGCAAAGAAGAUGAUUUCAGGUUUGCAGGCUUUACUGCUCAAUGGAUCUUUACCUGAGGAUGAGCAGGAAGGGUCCUUUGAACUUUGUGAACAUGGAGCCUGCCCAGAAGAGCAGCUGAUCAUAAUCCGAAGUCGUCUGGACCAGAGUGAGGAAGAAAAUCAAGACCUAAAGAAGGAGCUGUUAAAAUACAAACAAGAAGCUCGAAACCUACAGGGGAUAAAGGAUGCUCUACAGCAGAGGCUGGCUCAACAGGAUGCUUCAGUUCUUCAGCUAAAGCAGGAACUGCUGAGAGCAAACAUGGACAGGGAAGAGUUGCACAAUCAGAAUGUUGAUCUUCAGAGGAAGGUUGAAGAGCGAAACAGGCUACUGGCAGAAUACAAAAAGGAACUGGGCCAGAAAGAUCGACAUUUACAGCAGCAUCAAACCAAACUGGAUGAAAUGCUUAGGCAACUUUCUGAGGCCAGUUACCAGCAGGUGUGGAGCCAGGUGGAUUUGGAGCGGGAGCUGGAGCACAAAGAGGCCCUGCUAGCUCACUGCAUGAAGAGAGAAGCUGAAGAGGUGAUGGCAUAUAGCAGUUACAAUGCUCAGAGCAAUGGCUUCCUCCAGACAGCAGGAAAAGGAGCUGCUCCCACAGCCCACCGAGGGACAAAUGACUUGCAGCUCGUUCGUGAUGCACUUCGUAGCCUGAGGAAUAGUUUCAGUGGCCACGAUCCACAGCACCACACUAUUGACAGCCUGGAGCAGGGCAUAUCUAGUCUGAUGGAACGGUUACACCGCAUGGAGACGCAGAAGAGGCAAGAGAGAAGGAUCCGGGGGAAGUCACCGGCAAGCAGAGUGACAAAUGAGUGUAGAGACUCCUGGCCUCCAAACUCCAAACUGCCUCAUUCUCACAGCACACCUGCGAUGAGUACCAGUGCCUGCACCAAAGUUUUGUACUUCACUGACCGCUCCCUCACACCUUUCAUGGUCAGCAUACCAAAGAGGUUAGGGGAAGUGACUCUGAAGGAUUUUAAGGUAGCUAUUGAUCGUGAAGGAACCCACCGGUACCACUUCAAAGCCCUGGAUCCAGAGUUUGGCACAGUCAAAGAGGAGGUAUUCCAUGAUGAUGACAUCAUUCCUGGUUGGGAGGGGAAAAUUGUGGCCUGGGUAGAAGAAGACCAUGGGGAGAAUUAAUCAAGCUUUUAGGUCUUGUCACUAUGGAAACCUGUGACUGACUGCUGAGCUCAGAGAAUGACCGAAAAGCAUGUGUGCUGGAAGGAGUCCAACUCAAGCUGCCAAGAGAAAGGGCUUCUCUGCAAACAAUGGGUAAUGCACGUUGUGUGCAUGGACACCUGGCAUGGACACCUGACUUUCUGUGGCCAAAUACAGACAGCACUGUAGGACUGAAACAGUGAUCUGUGGGAAAGAAACACCUUGUUUUUUCCUGUCAACUAAACCCUAAAGGCCUUAAUGAUACAUUUUUCCUUUCCCCUGCUUCUCAAUUCCUGCUGUAUGUGCUGCAGCCUGUGAGCUUGGCAUCUCAACUCUGGUUUGUUGUACACAGUAUUGCAUAAAUCUACUCUGAUGGCAAAAAUGUGAAAGUUUGCCUUUGUGAGUCUGAAGAAAUGACUAGAUUGUGCAAGCAGAAGGUUUGACCAGCUUUGUUCUCGAACUUGCAUGUGUUGCAGGAGCAGAGUGAACUUUGUAGACAGUCAGACUGAGCGGACCUGGGGAAGGAAGACAGUCUUCUGGAUUUGCAUUAUCUGAAGCAAAGAUUAUCAGCUUGGCAAAGCUCCCUUUUUCCCAAAUUCAGGCUUCUAGUUCCUAGCCCCGCUUUUCCCACUUGUCCUCCAAAGAUGUACUUCUAAGGUCCUCUGGGUUUGUUUUGUUGCCAUGGGGACUGUGGGAUCUUGGUACUUGCUUUUCUGCUGAAAGUUUUCGUUUUGGGACACAGGAACUGGAAUCAGCUACUUCCCCAAGGUACUUCUAGCCCCUCCCCCCUUCUUGUUAAACCUCUGUCUCUGCACUCCUGCUGCCUCCUCUCUUAGCACAGCAAUUGAUUGUCACCUCCUGUGCACAGGCAUCAUUAUGCUACUGUUUGCAAAUUGCCAGAGCCACCAGACAUAAAAACACUUAUCCUAUAAGUCCUAUCAGUAGCACCACUUUCUUGCUAUAUCUAUUGCUGGGGUUUCUGGAGGAGCAAGGAAUUGAACAGCUGAAUGAGAGGGUUCGAGCCCUGAGAUCCCUGAGGCUUUUGUGGAGUUUGUUUUGGUUUUUGUUUUUCCCCUGCUUGCCUCCCUCUGUCCUCCUGCUGGCUUUGGUCUGGAGCGGACACUGUUGACUUAAAAGUUCAAAUGGUAAGUCAAGGCUCUGCUCAUUCUCGGUCCGUGUGGCCCUUUCACGGACUGCCUGCAUGUCUGUACCGUGCAUGAGGCUGGGAGAGGGUGAACCUGGUUUUACUGUUUUAUAUUAACGUGUCCUUUUGUAAAUAUGUUACUGUUUGGAAUUAUUUUGUACCAGUUUACAUUGUCUGAGGACUGUGGAUAUUUUUAUACCAGUGCAAGUGCUUUCUGUAUAUUUCUGCACGCAUUAUACGGUGUUUUACUCUCUA